AAUCGAUUCACAACAGCUGAUAAACAAACCUAGCUGCAAUUUGUAAACCCGGCAAGUGUUUAUUACUAUUUGCUUGUCUUAAACGAAAGUAAUUGCAAAAUAUGUCCAGCAAAAAUCGCAAACGCACGGCAAGUAGCAGCAGCAGUGCUGAGGAACCCGACAGCGAGGAAGAGUCGCGCUUAAAGGAUCUUCGAGAGCGUGAUGAAUUCGCCAAUCGCCUCAAACAACGCGAUGAGGAUCGAACGCGUAAAGUGGUCGAAGCCACCGGUGGCCGCAAGGCCAUUGAAGAGGCUACCAAACGUUUAAAACUGGAGCACGAGGAUCGCGACAAAAUUGUGCCACAUCUGCGCGUGCAAUCGCGUCGUCAGUACUUGGAGAAGCGCAAGGAUGACAAGGUGGCCGAACUGGAAGCGGACAUUUUGGACGACGAGUAUCUCUUCAAUGAUGAUGUGUUAACUGAACGUGAACGACAGGAUCGUCGCUAUAAAAAGCAACUGCUUAAUAUAGCCAAGGAGCAUGAGAAGGCGCGAGAACUGGAGCGCGUGCAGCGCUAUCACAUGCCGCAGGAUCUCAAGAAGGGCGAACGUUCGGAGUACGUGGAGGUGGAUGAGUUUGAGCAGCAACCCAACUCGGAGCAAAAGAAAUGGGAGGCCGAGCAAUUGGCAUCAGCACGCUUUCAGUUUGGAGCCAAGGAUGCCAAAGCUGAGGAGGAGUACGAACUGCUGCUGGAUGAUCAAAUUGAUUUCAUUCAAGCUCUGACACUCGACGGCAGUCGCGAAAAAGCAUCCAAGGAGCCUGAGCUCACCGAAACGGAACGCAAACGCAUGACACUCGAUGAGACGCGCAGAUCGUUGCCUGUAUAUCCUUUUAAGGACGACUUGAUUGCAGCUGUUAAGGAGCAUCAAGUGCUGAUUAUUGAGGGCGAAACGGGCUCAGGUAAGACAACACAGGUGCCUCAAUAUCUGGUCGAGGCUGGCUUCACCAAGGACAAAAAGAUGAUUGGCUGCACGCAGCCUCGUCGUGUGGCUGCCAUGUCGGUGGCGGCGCGCGUCGCCGAGGAAAUGGGCGUCAAGCUGGGCAAUGAGGUGGGCUACAGCAUACGUUUUGAGGAUUGCACCUCGGAUCGCACCAUACUCAAGUACAUGACGGAUGGCACGCUGCAUCGUGAGUUCCUUUCUGAGCCGGAUUUGGGUUCCUACAGUGUCAUGAUCAUCGAUGAGGCGCACGAGCGCACACUGCAUACGGACAUCCUGUUUGGUUUGGUCAAGGAUAUAGCGAGAUUUCGACCGGAGCUUAAACUGCUCAUAUCGAGUGCCACGUUGGAUGCGGAGAAGUUCUCUGCUUUCUUCGAUGAUGCACCUAUUUUUCGCAUACCCGGUCGUCGCUAUCCGGUGGACAUCUUUUAUACAAAAGCCCCAGAGGCGGAUUAUAUCGACGCGUGUUGUGUGAGCGUCUUGCAGAUUCAUGCCACACAACCGCUGGGUGACAUUUUGGUAUUUCUCACGGGUCAGGACGAGAUUGAGACGUGCCAGGAAGUGCUGCAGGAUCGUGUCAAGCGUUUGGGUUCCAAGAUACGUGAACUCAUCGUCAUACCUGUGUAUGCCAAUUUGCCCAGCGACAUGCAAGCGAAGAUCUUUGAGCCAACGCCACCGAAUGCCAGAAAAGUUAUCUUGGCCACCAACAUUGCCGAGACUUCGCUGACCAUCGACAACAUCAUUUAUGUGAUUGAUCCGGGUUUCGCCAAGCAGAAUAACUUCAAUUCACGCACCGGCAUGGAGUCGUUGAUGGUGGUGCCCAUCUCAAAGGCAUCGGCAAAUCAGCGCGCUGGACGUGCUGGAAGAACGGCGCCAGGCAAAUGCUUUCGUCUGUACACAGCUUGGGCAUACAAGCAUGAGCUCGAGGAGAAUACAGUGCCCGAGAUUUGUCGCAUCAAUCUGGGCAACGCGGUGUUGAUGCUCAAGGCAUUAGGCAUCAAUGAUCUAAUACACUUCGACUUUCUCGAUCCGCCGCCGCACGAAACAUUGGUGUUGGCCUUGGAGCAGUUGUAUGCUUUGGGUGCGCUCAAUCAUCACGGUGAGCUGACCAAGCUGGGACGACGCAUGGCCGAGUUCCCUGUGGAUCCCAUGAUGGGCAAAAUGCUGCUCGCCAGCGAAAAAUAUAAAUGCUCGGAGGAGAUGGUAACCAUUGCAGCAAUGCUGUCGGUAAACAGCGCUAUCUUCUAUAGGCCCAAGGAUAAGAUUAUACACGCAGACACUGCACGCAAGAAUUUCAAUCACAUGCAUGGCGAUCAUUUGAGUUUGCUGCAAGUCUACAAUCAAUGGGCUGAAACAGAUUACAGCACACAAUGGUGCUAUGAGAACUUUAUACAGUAUCGUUCCAUGAAACGUGCCAGAGAUGUGAGGGAGCAGCUGGUCGGGUUGAUGCAACGUGUGGAGAUCGACAUGGUCAGCUGUCUGCCAGAGACGAUCAAUGUGCGCAAAGCAUCCACUGCAGGCUACUUUUAUCAUGUGGCACGUUUGUCCAAAGGCGGCAACUACAAGACCAUUAAGCACAAUCAGACAGUGAUGAUUCAUCCUAAUUCGUCGCUGUUCGAGGAGCUGCCUCGUUGGGUGCUCUACCAUGAACUGGUGUUCACCUCCAAAGAGUAUAUGCGACAAGUAAUUGAGAUUGAGAGCAAGUGGCUGCUGGAAGUGGCACCACAUUACUACAAAGCCAAGGAGCUCGAGGAUUCGACCAACAAAAAGAUGCCCAAGGGCGCAGGACGCGCCGAGAUGACUCAAUAAACUAAGAAAAAAUCCACUUUUAAAUUUUGUAAAUGAAUUGUUUUAAUUGUGAAUGUGGGAAGCGUU